AAGAUGAUAAAACGAAAGACUUUUCGAAAUCAAACCCCACAGAACUCAUCAUUGCCGAAACACACACUCCAAAGUAGUUUUGUAAAGAUGAGGGGGAGCGGUGUGAGAGUACGAAGAUAAUGGAAGAAACAAUCGUGUACAGUGCGCAUAGAAUGAACGGUAGAAGAAUAGUACGUACAGCAUUUUAAGGACGACGAUAUGAUGGUGUUCGAAUCAAGCAUUUGGGUGUAACGGGCUCUGAAUGGCGCGCCAAGUGCGCCAUAGCCGUGCCGAGCCUCCGUUGGAUGAAGAAAUAGAUUUCUAUUUCUGUUUUUAUAUAGGUAUUACCGGAGGAAGGGGCUGUAGUAGUAAUUCGUACUAUAGCGGACAGAGGGGCCGCUGCGUAACAGGUGUAUAGGAUUACUGUAUUCCGAGGGUAGAAAAGAGGGGUAUCUGAUAAGAAGGCAGCUGAUGAAACUACAUGUUUUUUUUUAACGGAAGUAAAGGCAGCUAAGGGAACUGAACGGAUGUGUUAGGAUUGCGUAGAAGCUAUUGUAAUCGCUAGGGAAUAGUAUGAAUCGAUCAAGUCACAAGUGAGAAGCAACAGCGGCAUAGUGUCAAUCCUUGUAUAUGGUGACACCAAGCUAAGAAAGAAUGCUCCACAGAACAUGUUGCCUUAUUCCGAAUGCCUCGACCAUAUUCAGUCCUAGGAUCAUCUAAGGGGUGCAUACGCAGGCAGGUGGAUUUUGUACGAAAAGAGAGUACACGUGCAAGCGCAUAUAUUUUUGUGUAUUUAUUAGCUAGAUAAAUCGUAAGCGAAAAUCCUGGCCGCUGCGCUUAAAUGAAUCGUGAUAUAAGAUAUGGUGUUUUUGAUCGAAAGAACGGAACGCGUUGCCCACCCCCAGGCGGAUAAUUCCUAACAAAGAACUUCACCAAGUGUCUGGCGGCGUGGUUCUUCUCAUGGCUUUACGAUUCACGAUGUAUAGUAAAAGAAAUUUUAAUCGAUUAAGCAUUAAGAAGGGCAGGGACGGAAAAGUAUGAUGUACUGUGGAGCUAAUGGUGGGCUUCCCGUUCUAAUUAAAGCAGUACCAUGUUUUAAUAUUGUGAGAGACAGUUUACAUGAACACACUCAAACACAAACACAUAUACACACAUUCCUAAAACCUUUCUUCCAGUAAGCGUAAGUUUUGUAAUGUUUCCUUCUUAAUUUAAACAAAGAACAAGACACCCGCCAGAAAGAAUGUUGUGUUGCGCGUGGUGUGUAAUGGAUGGUAUGAUGCGCUGCUGAAUAGGAUCUCUUUCAUACAUUUUUCGUCUUGUCUCGUAUAACUUUCUGUAUUUAUGCUCUGUUGCUGUGCUCCGGAAGUUUAGCGUAUUUCCCACCAUACACACACAUAUACACACACGCACACACAUUAGAUGUGCGAGUACAUUCGGGACCGAAUUAGGAAACUAAGGACCAGGAAUGUGUAAAAUGCUCGCUAGUUUCUUGUGUUUUCCUUUUUAAUUUGUCAUGAAAACCGCAAACAAUCAGCAUCCCCAUCCAUUCUACUACCUAGUUAAUAGUGUUUUAAACAAAUCUCAAACUAAACGCGUUAAAAUGAGAAGAAGCCUGGGCUGUAGUAGAUAGACACACGAGAGAGAAAGAGAACGAAAGUGAGUCAGGGUUAGUACUGGAUGGAUGUAUAAGAAAAUGCGAUCGCGCAGGGAUCGCUAUAUGAUCAAUAAAAGAACAUCGCAUAGAAAACAUACUAUUGACGAGUGUAUCCGGUCGAUUGGGCUUUGUUAAUAUCAUUACAGUUCAGUUGUUGGGUUGGGGAAUGAGGAAACCCUAAUGAUGACAUCAAUGGAUCAAACUCCCGUGCAUGUUGGCGGCGAAGGCGUGACUAAAUGUCACGAAAUAUGCAGCACGCAUAGUGCAUGGGAUUGCAGCGACGGAAAAACCUUCUGACGGUUCUUUGAACUGGUACUUGACUGGGAAAACGUGACGGGAGAACCUUGGUUUGCUUGGAUUGAAAAUGAAACCGAAAUCGAUCUACGGACUGCUGGUGGGGGUGUGUGCUAGAGUGCCAUUGACACUGACAUGAAGAGGCUGCUGUCGGGGGUUGUGUGAUGACGUCUUCAAGUGUGUGCUGCCGCGGCUGAAGCAGAAGGGAUUACCCCUCUACAGAAUCUACAAAAAAGGGUCGUACGGCUACGGAGAUUUUCUAAAGCAAAUCAUCAACACUGGCGCAGUGUAGUAAGAAUGCUUGCUGCUGUUGAUGAUGAUGGUGUAUGAUUGUCGGCGUAGCAAUUGGUUCCCCUCGACGCUAUAGACGGUGUGAGUUUGCCAGCAACAGCAGUGAAUGAAAAGCAUUUUUAAUGCUAGUGAUGAUGCAUCGACAUAUCUCCUCCUCGUCUUCCUCUUUGCUCGCUUUGGAUUUGGUCUUAGAUUUCGUAUUUCGUACAGUGGCCUGUACUUUUUCAGCUUCUUCCGUUUCACUCGGCAACAUAGCGAGCGUGGUGAUGAUGGAUAUAACGGCGAGUGAAGCAACUGAGCAACCCGUGGAUGCGAGGCGAUGCGUUUAGAUCGGUGGUCGGAGAUAGUCGAAAGCAGGAAUUAUGCUCUAUUGACGAACCGGCAGCAACAGUGUGGCGAGAGAAGAAACUGUUGGUGCACACAUACACACAUUCGGUGUGCGCUGUGAACCGCAGGUUAUUACCGUGACUUCACUGUUGCCGAGUGAAUGUGGGGGAAAAACUGUUUUCUAAAACAAUGCUCACCAUUAUAUGCUCACUGCCUCACUGGUCACUGAACGGCAGCAACCGACGAUGGAACGGAUGAGGCGAAAGGCCUUAAAUAGGAGAGAAAGAUGAGCGGCAGAAUUGCAGCAUUCUCGUGGCACUCCUCUUGCUACACAGCACCGUUGCUAAGCUGUGUGGUUGACUGGUAAGUAUAGCUCACAAGUUCUCACCCAGCACGCCGACGUGGAAUAGUGAUGGGUUUUCCCUCUUUAGCGGUGUUCUUUCUGCUGCGAGUGAGAGUAAACAUGAAGCAUAAUUUAC